AUGCGAAGCAAGGAGUCUCCAGUACAGCAUGCUUUACGCCUGCAACAACUCAAGGAUAAGCGCUCUAUAGAAUCCUCCGAGGAACAUCGGGCACGAUUGGACAACCUCAAAGCUCGACGACUCUUGGAACCUCCUGAUGAGCAUGCGAUGCGGUUGAGGAAACUUCAAGAAACAUUGGUGGUCGCAUUGCUCAUCGUGCUUCAAACAAAGUCGCAACACAAGAGGAAACUCGGAGAAGAGUACAUCAAUGGAUACAGCGAUGGCAUCCUUCGUGCGUUCAAGUGCAACCACGACAUUCAAAUCAUGAUCGGUGGGGCUGAAAUGGCUGAGCGUAUCUACUAUACCUGCAAGUACACCACCAAAAACCAGCAGAAGGUUGAAUGUCGAACGGCCCUGGCACUGGCUGCUUUUGACACGCUGCCGUCGUCUCACAUGUUCAACACGACCAGAAAACAAGAAGUUGUUGGUCCGCUGUGUGCCUUGUACCUGUUGCGCGAGUCGUGUGCUUACACCAGCCACUUUUACAAGAAAAUGUCGAUCCGACACGUGCUGAAGUUCUUGCACCACCACAGCGACACUCCAUUUCAACUUGAAGUGACCACCAACAUCAAGAACAGCAAUGGAUCGUGUUCGCAACUGGAGGAAAGUAACGCUUCUGACAGCGAAUCCUCCAACGACGGGUCGGAAAGUGACUCCUCUGACCUGGAAAGUGACGACGAAGAAGACACUUCAUCAUUUUCUGGACCAAGUUGCCCCGAAGAAUCAAGCGACAUCUCAUGGUUUGAGUUCAUGUCCAAGUACUUCCUCGCAAAUCGAACAGAACGGACAUCUCCGGAGAAGCUAUUCAUGGAACGACAUUCCCUGCAUGAGUCGAAGUGUCUUGGGGUACAUCGCUUGGCGCGUAUUCCCGUUCUAACGGGUGGCGUGCGCGUGCCAUUCUUUGGGGAUUGUUUGAAACCCGAGGAGAGGAACUUCCACGCCCAAGUUGCUUUGGUUCUGUUCAAACCGUUUCGUGUGUUGGCGGAUUUGUGCCCUCACGGCUCAACAUGGAAUGAAGCGUGGGAAGCAUUUCAACCCACGAUGAGCACUGGUUGUGCGGAAGUGUACCAUUUCAUGCAAGACUACCAUGUCGGUCGAAAGAUGGCCGCGAAGACGAGAACGUCCCGGGAAGAACAGGACAUCCAAAAGGAAAAUGACGAUGGUCGCACUGAGCCUUAUGACUUCGACGACUUUGACUUCGACGACUUUGACUUCGAAAACGCACUCCUGGUUUCCAACGCGACACUGAUUGAAGAGGAUAUCGCGGCGUUGGUUGGUGGCAAGUCUCUCGAUGAAGCGUCAACAAUAACAUCCUCAAAGUACAUGUCCAUUUUGGGUGCUUGGGACCAGCGACUCCAUUGCCGUGAGCAGUUUGCGUCGGAUGUCAAUGGUCUAAAGACAUGGACGUCGAAAAAACGCGUGGAACGAGUUGUCACGUUCGAAAACCCAUCCCGCGUUGAAGAAAUUAGCGAUACAUCCAUGGCUUGGAGUGAUGAACUCCCUGGCGAGAUUCCGACGUUGGUUCAAGUCAACGUUCCGGGUGCGUUGGACCCAUCCACGAUGCUGUACACUGGCAACCUGGUUGAGAGGGGCAAAGUACCUCAAGCUUUGCCUGAUUACGCCCACAUUAGCGUUGUUUCCAAUGCAUUUAGCCUUCGUAUGCGCCAACACUUGAGCUUUGCAUGUAUCGCACGCGCUCUUUUGCAGCGCUGGCAACUUGAAGACAAUGGGGACCUCGACCCCCAAAGUGUCGCCACUGCAACCAGUGCCAUACAACUACGCAUGGUGCUGCAUGGCGAAGACGGUACUGGAAAGUCACAUGUCAUCGCUGCUGUACAAGCAUUUUGUAACUCGUGGAAGAGACCAUUCAGCAUUGCCAAAACUGCAAUGACUGGCAAGGCCGCCGUCUCGAUAAACGGAGUUACGUUGCACAGUUGGAUUGGCAUGCACAACUUGACCCCGAGCACUGUUCACGAGGCGAAAGAAGCGGACGAGUAA